AUGGGUUCCAUCGGAGCACGAGAGCAAAACUACGAUGUGUUGAUAAUUGGUGCCGGCCUCUCGGGCAUCUACAGCUUACACGAGGUUCGAAAGAAUCUUCCCUCCUUGAGCGUCAAAGUCCUCGAAGCUGGAGAAGGCGUAGGAGGUACCUGGUUUUGGAAUCGUUACCCAGGUGCCCGCUUUGACUCUGAAACCAUAUCCUAUCAAUUUUCAUGGGAUAAAGAACUCUUACAGGAAUGGAACUGGAAAGACACCUUCUCCGCGCAGCCGGAUACUCUCGAGUAUAUUGAGCGGGUUUGCGAAAAACACGACUUGUACAAAGAUAUUCAGUUCAAUACUCGAAUUAAGUCUGCGCAUUGGCAGGAUGCAGAACGUACUUGGCUUUUCGUGGAUGAGGCCGGUUUCCACUAUCGCGCACGCUUCUUCCUUAGUUGUUUGGGUGUUCUAUCCAACCCGACUCUACCUGCGAUCCCCGGUCUCAAAGACUUCCAGGGUCAGUCAUUUCAUACAUCACGCUGGCCGAAAGAUUUCGACAUGAAGCGCGACUUCGCCAACAAGCGAAUUGGUGUGAUCGGCACAGGAGCAACCGGGAUUCAGACCAUCACGGAAACAGCUAAAGAGCCCAGUAUCAGGUCGCUCACCGUGUUCCAGCGAACUGCGAGUUGGUCUGCCCCGCUGCGAAACAUGAAGAUUACGCCAGAGCAUAUGGAGAAAAUCAAAGCUGAAUACGAUGCUACCUUCCAGCGGUGUGCCUCAACACCGACCGGCUUCCUGCACAAGCCCGACCCUCGCAAGUCUUCCGAAGUGUCGCACGAAGAGCGCGUCGCAUUAUGGGAGAAGCUCUAUGCUGAACCUGGCUUCGCCAAAUGGCAAGGGGCGUUCUGCGACACGUACACCGAUCGUGAAGCGAAUAGGCUAUACUCCGAGUUUAUGGCGAACAAGAUUCGAGAAAGAGUGCAUGAUCCCGUUGUAGCGGAUAGCCUAAUUCCCAAAAACCAUGGCUUCGGUACGCGACGGGUGCCACUGGAGAGUGGAUACUUUGAAGCAUUCAAUCAGCCAAAUGUCCAUCUCGUCAAUUUGCAAAAGACGCCUAUUGAGAGAGUCACUCCAAAUGGGAUCCUCACUUCGGACGGCAAGGAACAUGAGCUGGAUAUUCUGGUAUACGCGACCGGCUUUGAUGCAAUCACUGGUGCCUUUAAUGCUGUUGAGUGGCAUGGAAAGGAUGAUCGGCCACUCAUCGCUAGUAGUGACAGUGAAACAGGGAAGCGUGCUGUCUGGCUUGACCAUCGGCCUUAUACUUAUCUUGGGCUCAUGGCUCCUUCGUUCCCGAAUAUGUUUAUGGUGCUGGGUCCACACCAACCAUUUGGAAACAUUCCACGGAGUAUUGAACAUUCCGUUCAGGUUGUGAAUCAGCUAUUGCAGUUCUGCCACAAUGAGGGUUACACAUUAGUUGAGGCAACUGAAGAAGCCGCAGACAGGUGGACCGAGCAUGUAAUCGAGUGUAGUAAGGGUGCAUUGUCGAAUGAGAUCGAUAGUUGGAUGACUGGAGUGAACACGAACGUCCCCGGGAAAACCGUUCGGAGUGUGGCCAGAUAUGGAGGGAGCGCAAUUGAGUAUCGCAAGCGAUGCCAGCAGACUCGAGCAGUUGGUUGGGAAGGGUUCAGAUUUGCACGAGGUUAUACACUUUAA